AUGUCGGCCAUGCUUAGGGCCCACAAGGCCGGCAAGAAUCGCCGGACCCGUUCUUUCAGUCUCAGCGACGAGUCAUCGAUCGCUUCUUUCGAUUCGGACGAUGUUUCCGGCGCUACCGCCUUCACCAUGAACGAUUCUCACCCCCGCGUCCGCUUUUCUUCUUCUAUCACCCGCGACUUCGGCCGCAUGAGCUUCGCUUCCAGCGCAGCCUCUGGCGGUUCCGACCGCGAUGAUACUUCCUCUGUUUUCCAGCUCGGCAAGAAGCCCAGCGGCGACGUCUUCACGGAUUCUCCUGUGAAGACCGCUCUCAAGAUUGACGAGGACAAGUUCAAGACCCCUGUCCGGAUUCCGACCGCCGAGAACAAGGCCAAUGGCUCUCCCAUCAAAGACACUGAGGGACGCCGCCACCAGCGUUCCGUGACGACUGGCGGCGCUAUGGUGCUGUCCGGAUCCGGCAACCGCACCCUCCGCAGCUCCUCGUCCCGCCACAAGAUCGGCGGCAUUGACGCUCAGGGAAUCUAUCCGCCGAGCGCUUGUGUCUUCAUCGCCAACCUUCCCGAGUCCAAGGACGACCGUGCUCUUGAGGCUGCCGUUACCCGGGAGUUCAGCCGGUACGGCACAGUCUUCGUCAAGAUCCGUCGCGAGAUGAGGGGCGCCAACUGCGGCAUGCCGUACGCUUUUGCCCAGUUCACUAACGACGAUGACGCCAAGGCUGCCGUGGAGAUGGGAAGAGGCACCCUGAUCUUCGGCCGCCCCUGCCGGACCGAGAUGGUCAAGGCAAACCGUGUCUUUGUUGUUUACAGCCGCGACGGUCUCGAGAUCUCGACCGACACCGUCAUGAAGAUGCUCGAGCCCUACGGCGAGCUCAGCAAGUGCGAGUAUCUCAGCGAUGAGAUGCAGGCGACCCUGAACCUCCCUUCGGCUGUCCUGGUGGAGUUCGCCAAGUUUGAUCCCAAGCGCGAUCUGAACUCGGCUGUCCGCCAGUACGACAGGUUCUGCAUUGACGCGUUCGAUCUGAAGAAGAACACCUUCGUCUCGCGCGCCAAUGCCGAUGAGGAGUUCCUCCGCAAGUACGACGUGGACCGCCGCUCUGUCUUUGUGGGCAACGUUUCCGUCGACUCGGAGAAGGAGGAGAUCGCCGAUUUCUUCUCCGCCGUUGGCAAAGUGCUCGAGGUCACCCUCAUCAAGCGCGCUAACCACCACGGCGUCCUCACUCGCGCUUUUGCCUUUGUCGAGUUCGCCAGAGCCGACACUCCGGACCACGCGAUCAAGCACCUCAGCGGAAGUGUCCUGCGCGGUUCUGUUCUGAAGGUCGAGCGCAAGGCGUUCAAGCACGUCGGCACUCCUCGCCGCGUCAAGUCCCAAGCGUUCUCGAUCAAGACCACGACCACGCCAAAGACGCCGCGGACUGACGCUCCCACGGCUUCCGGCAGCGUGCGCUAUUCGGCCAAGAAGGAGACACCGGUCCGAGCUUCGGGGCAGGAGUUCAACUUGCCGGAUUCGGGACAGGCCUUCGUCCCGUUCCCGUUCCCUCCGUUGGCGAGCCCUGUUCCCCCGGCUGACGGAAAGCCGCUCCUUGGCGCCAGCGGCCUGCCCGUCACGCCGGUGAACACCACCCCCUUCGCGCCGAACCCGUUCACCUACGCGGGCGGCUACUGGCCUGGCAUGUCAAUCGCCCAGGACCCCAUCACCGGCCACACCUUCUGGGCCUACACCCCUCCGGUCGGCGCCAACACCACCGACGAGCAGGAUGCGGAGCCGCCCUCGCCCACCCGCAGCAGCGCCCGCAAGCACUACCGCGGUGGUCACUAG